UGAUGAAGAGGAGAGAUUGGCAGGAAGCAGCUUAGAUCUACCACACUGGCUUGCCCAUGCAGGACGCUUGUGGGAGUCAGCAGUUGAGAUACCUGAUCAUCCAGUGAUGGAGAAAGAGGAUACAUUUUCAGAUGUGAAAGUGAAGGUUGAAUAUUGUGAUACCCUGAGGGAGGAAGGGGGAAAGCAUCGAUAUAAAGAGAAGAAGAAAUCUGUUUUUUUACAAGAAGGUGACUUUCUACUUCCAAAAAUAUACAAACAAGACAAUAGGAAUGAGCAUGCUGGAAGCAGGGAUAAUUUUCCUGAAAAAACAGACAUUAAUAUUCAAUUGAACACCUAUAAGAGAAAGAAAAUCUUUAAAUGUCUGGAGUGUGGGAACAGCUUCAGUCAGAGUGGAAGCCUUACUGUCCAUCAAAGAGUUCACACAGGGGAGAAACCUUAUAAAUGCCUGGAGUGUGGAAAAAGCUUCAGUCAGAGUGGAAGUCUUGCUACCCAUCAAAGAAUUCACACAGGGGAGAAACCUUAUAAAUGUCUAGAGUGUGGAAAAAGCUUCAGUCGGAAUGAUUACCUUACAUCCCAUCGAAGAAUUCACACAGGAGAGAAAAAAUAUAAAUGCCUAGAGUGUGGGAAAAGCUUCAGUCGGAAUGAUUACCUUACUUCACAUCAAAGAGUUCACACAGGAGAGAAAAAAUAUAAAUGCCUGGACUGUGGAAAUAGCUUCAGUCGGAGUGAUCACCUUGUUUCCCAUCAAAGAGUUCACACAGGAGAGAAAAAAUAUAAAUGCCUGGAGUGUGGAAAUAGCUUCACUCGGAGUGGAAGGCUUACUGCCCAUCAAAGAAUUCACACAGGGGAGAAACCAUAUACAUGCCUGGAGUGUGGAAAAAGCUUCAGUCGGAGUGAUAACCUUAAUUCCCAUCAAAGGAUUCACACAGGGGAGAAACCAUAUAAAUGCCUGGAGUGUGGGAAAAGCUUCAGUCGGAGUGAUAACCUUACUUCCCAUCAAUGGAUUCACACAGGAGAGAAACCAUAGAAAUGCUUGGAGUGUGGAACAACAUUACAGCAAAAAAUUGGUUUACAAAAUUAAAAAGCAACAAGCAGGGGCCAGGGACAAACUGUUGCAGAUUCUGUGGAGGAGCAGUGGAGGAGGGAAGCUGCAUUGGGUCAGGGGGACAGAGGUGGUGAUAUUGGAGGAGGUAGGGAGUUGCACUGGGUCUGACGAUGCUAAGAGGCCUGCAGCUUCCAGGGGCUGGUGGUGGCAGUGAUGGGGGAGGCAGGGUACUUGCAGAGAGGGAGAAUCACAUCCCCCCCCGCCUUUUCUUCUUCUCUCCCGCAGCAAUGAUGUGUAAUUCUUACUGCCUUUUCCUCCAACCCUUUCUAUGUCUGUCUUCCCCCCUUAACACCCCCAACCCAUUCUCUGUCUCUCUGUUCCCCUUAACCCCCCCUCAUUCUCUUGCUGUCUCCAUUCCUUCUACAGAUGGGUUUGUGGCAGGGGGUCCUUUCCUGCCUUGCUUGACCAACCUCCACCCCCUCCUUCUGCCCCCCUUACUCAUUCCUUAAUAUUUGCCAUUUGGCUAUUAGAUAAAUGAUUGGGGGGUGACCCCCACUCCUUUCCUUCUAUGCCUGCUUUGUCCCAUGGCCAGAGAUGCCUAUGCUGCCAUCGCCUCCUUUCCUCCCCAUGGAGCUGACUGCGGUGGCUCGCCCCAGCCCUGCAUGCUGUUGAGUGCUACUUGUCCCUCGAAGCAGUGCACAGCCAGAGAGAGCCCUUCUCUGGAGCAGUCCUCAACCAGGCAGGCUCCCCGCAAAGUCUUGGCCAAAUUCUGCACAGUCCUGCAGAGCAGGAGACACAAGGAGGGCAUCAGGGGGCAACGUAGCUCACCAAGAUAAGACAAGAGGGUGUUGCUGGGUCCUGUCAAACCCUCACAGCACUUUGGGAUGCAUCUCCCAUUUAGAGAACCACUUUUCUUUCCGCAUCUAGCUGUGCUGGUAGGGAGAAAAGGAGGAGAGGAGGCACUGGAGGGGGCAACCAGUCUCCAGUUCUUGUGGCAGCUUGCCAAAGAGAGUCCCACCCCCUCCCCAAGUCCCUGCAGCCAGCCAAUAAAAAAAGUUCUCAGGAAUCCCUUGAAGAGGAGGGUGUGAGCACAAGGAGGAAACUGUCUCCUAGAUGUAUCAAAAAUAGACUGGGAAAGAAGACCUCCCCUUUGGAAGUGGCAGCCACACUUAAUUUUUGGUCCUUCAACACUCUUAUCAAGCAUCAAGAGGUCGCGAUGCAACUGACAAAGAGAGCUGUGGUUCUUGAAAGCUUAUGCUACAGUAAAGUUGGUUAGUCUUAAAGGUGCUACUGCACUCUUUUCUAUUUUGCUACUACAGACUUAACACGGUGAACUCCUCUGGAUGCAACUGCUGGAGCUCUUCUUCCUUAAGCCUGGUUUCCAGCCUGUUGCCCUUUUCCUUUAAUCAAGAGGACUGCAUUGAAAGAUUUCGGCACUUGGCAGACCAGAAAAGUUGGACUUCGCUUACCACAAAAGUUCUAUUAAGCUACAACCAGUUACUUGACUGAAUUCUAAGAAACCCUUUGAAUAUUUUUUGUUCUCUGUUACUCCUCUAUGUUUAGUUAUACAGAACCUGAGAUAUUGUUCUGACUAUG